UCGACGACAUCGACUAACAUAAUCACGUGGCUUACGUGUGAAAUAUGUUUGGUGUCUGUGGGUGAGAAAGUCUAAUACUUCUAGUCAUGAGUUUAAAGUUAUUUCCCUUAGGAAUCGUAAAUCCAACAAGCAAGCAGCCCAGUGGAGCAGUUAUAUUUUUCCAUGGCUCUGGAGACACUGGUAAGGGGGCAUGCGAGUGGCUCAAGUUCUUGCUUAGGAAAGACUUUCAAUUCCCACACUUGAAAAUUCUCUUUCCUACAGCUCCACAGCGUCCGUAUACACCACUGAAUGGGGAGCUGAGCCAUGUCUGGUUUGAUCGUAUCAGCAUCUCCCCUGAUGCACCAGAGCACACAGAUACCCUAGAGUGCACAGCAAAGGAUGUUGUAAACUUCAUUCAGCAGGAAAUAGUGAAUGCUGGCAUCCCUGAGAGUCACAUAAUAGUUGGUGGAUUCUCAAUGGGUGGAGCUCUUGCGAUGCACAUUGGGUUCCGACUGAUGCCAAACGUUGCAGGAGUUUUUGCCCUUUCAUCUUUCCUUAGUCACACUUCAUCUGUGUACCAGAGUCUUGGAAGCAUACCACAAGAAGUCAUCACUAUGCCACCCUUGUUCAUGUGUCAUGGUAACAGAGACACCCUGGUCCCCUAUGAGUGGGGUGAGCAUACGUUCAAACGACUCAAGCAACUAGGAGUGGAUGGGGAGUUCCACUCUAUUUCAAAUGCACUCCACGAAAUGAAAGAGAAGGAACUGAAGCAGCUGUAUGAGUGGAUCAACCAGCGCCUUCCACCGGCAGUCUGACUGCAGCAACUGUAGCAAUGGAUCAACUGAUGUCUCCUACCACCAGUCUGGCUGCAGAAUAGAUGUUCUGUGUAACAUUCUGGCUUUAGUACAAGAAUAAACAAUUCUUGUGAUUUCUUCACUUGA